CAAAACUUAUCUCUUUCAAACACAAACUUCCUUUAAAAUAAAUGAUUAUAUUUAAGAUUUAAAGUAACUCUAACUAACAUGGAGAAGAAGACAGUGAAAAUCAACAAUGAGGACCGGCAAAGUUUUGUGGCCACUAAGAUGAGCCUGCCGCUCUUUAUGGUGUCUCGUAAUCGCAUUAAAAGGGAAAACUUGCCAAGAAUGGACAAGCAGUUUAAGCUGGCUGGCAAGCAUUACAAUGCAGAUUGCCAGAAGGAGAACCGCCGAGAGGCCUUCAGCAAGGCCACAUACGAUCACUAUCGCCACAUUACGGGCUAUGACAAGGCACCGAGAAAUCCGUAUCCAGAACGACGGCCCCUGCACAUGGAUCGAUCUAUGACGAAAUGGAGAAGCUGGCAGCUUCCGCCAAAUCAUUAUGGAGUGCCUCCGGAGCCCUAUCUCCGUCUCAAGGGAACCAAGGGCACAGUUUUUGCCAAACCACACACAAACCACAGUCGUGUUUCCAUCAAGCCACCGCCCUAUCAGUUUUACGAACUCCCACCAGAGAUUGAUCGACUCUUCAAGCGGGAGAACUUGCAGAAGGGAAUCUUUUUAUCAAAUGCCCGCGAUCGUCGUCCGACAACGCACGCCAUGAUCUCAAACCUUUCCGGCUGCUGGCGUGAUCCCAAUGAAGCCGGACCCUGCGACACUCAUACAAACAUCUAUGAGAUCGCAGCGAAUGCCACUCCCAUAACAAAAACCCCACGCCCCAAUCCCCACCAGUUUCUUCGUCUGUCCUGUGUGCCCACAAAGCCUAGCCGGCUUAUACCUCGUCACAUCAGCAUGGAACCAGCACCGGGUCGCUAUUGUAUAAGUUACCCGGAUCUGUGUCCUUGUCCGGCGGGAAAGACCAGUGUGCCAGGUCUGCAGCUGCUGAUCGAUGACCAGAAGCGCCUGAAGUUUCGCCGUCAGCCGUUUGAACGGAUUAGUCGCAAGAAACUCUGUGAGCCAGAUUGGCGGCACGUUGCUGGUCAAGGACACCGGCAUAUCUUCCUAAUGUCCCGAAAGGACAGGCCUAAGCCACCGAAGAAAGCUCCAACUGCUUCGAAAAAGCAGGGCAAGCCCAUCAGUAUGUUUGCCGAUGCCAAGUAUAUCAAUAUGCUGAGCCAGCCAAAUCGUAAUCCCAUUUCAAUCCGGCCGUAUCCAGUUCCUCCGUACGUACCCAAGAUCACCUACAAUUGUGCCGCCAAACGGAUUAUGAGAAAGCAAUUGAAGAACAACAAGAAGAUCGCCUUUAAUAGUGGUCAGGAGCGGUGGAAGGAUGGAGAGCGACCUCUCCAGUUAACCGCCCGUCAAUUGGAGGCCAUUAAGCAGAAGCUACCGGAGGAUAGGAGACUCAAGGACUAUCCCAUUGAUCUGCCCGAAGUGAUUCCCAGUCGAUUGACACAGGUGCCCGAUCACCAGAGGGUCACCUACAUGCCCAAGUUGCGCAAGCGCCUGUUCAAGUUCCUUCCGAUUCCUGGAGCUCGUGUCUUGGUCACUGAUAGUGAUAUCCGUCCGGAUAUUGUCUUCGAUCCGGAACAUCCCACUGGGCUGUAUCGGCGCAGGAUCGACGAGACAUUGUUCUUCAAGGACUCUGUUCUUAGGGCAAUGGAAAAUAGAGAUGAAGAUGAAGAAAAUCCAGUAGCCGAAUCGCAAUCUCAAUCCCAGACGCAGUUGGAGCAUCACUCUGUAAUCCGGACUACCGUCACCCUGGUAGAACCUUCGGAACGGAAAAGCGGUUCCCGGGUAUCGAUCCAUCCUGGAAAAGACUAAGUCGCUCUGCUCCACGUUUGUUCCAUUUUUGAAAUCCUUUUCGUUUUUGAUUUAUGAUCCUUGCUCGAAUGAAUUCACGUGGCCACAAGGAGCCCAGCAAGGAGCUCAGUGCUGGCCGCAGGAAAAUAAGCUAAAAUAAAGAUGAGAAAAAUUA